AUGACACAAUCUUGUUGCUGUAGUCAUUCAUCGAAGGGAAACUCCCACAGGAAAAGGCAUAAAGCUGCUUAGGGAAGGCUAAGAAGCUGCUCAGUGCUAGUCAGUCAAACAUUGGGUUAGAUUCACACAGAGCUAAACAUGAGUACCAGCCAAAGCCCUUUUCAGAUUUUUUCUGGGUCCCUCAGGGGUAGUUCAGGGUGUGGUUUGGCCCAGCAAGGAACUUCUUACAGACCUUCAAGUGCAGAUGGUGGUGCUAGCAGCACACAUACUUCUUUCACCUCUGCCAGACCCCUCUGGCUGGCUGCUGGAGGAGGGGCACCUUGGGGAGGCUUCGGCGAGCACCAUGGGGAAAGCAUCUUCCUGGGUGGGAAUGAGAAACAGACUAUGCAAAACCUGAAUGACCGUUUGGCUGCUUAUCUGGACAAAGUCCGUGCCUUAGAAGCAGCCAACGCUCAGCUGGAAAGCUGCAUCCUAGAGUGGCACAAGACAAAGUCUCACGGAAAGAGGCAUGACUUCCACCAGUAUGAGCAAAACGUCACUGACAUGCAAAGACAGAUUGAGGAUGGCAAGAUCACCAAUGCCAGUAUCCUUUUACAAAUUGAUAAUGCUAACAUGGCAUCAGAAGACUUCAGGCUCAAGUAUGAAGCAGAGAAGUCUCGCAGGCAGGGAGUGCAGCUGGAUGUUGAGAACCUGCGUAAGGAACUCGACGGUUUGACCAUUAUUACAACAGAUCUGGAAAUGGAAAUUGAAGGCUUGCGAGAAGAGCACAUCCUCAGGAGGAAAGACCAUGAAGAGGAUAUGGAAGCAAAUCGUUCAUCAAAAGACUUCAAAGUUAAUGUAAAAGUAAAUGCAGCACCUCCUGAGGACUUAGCCAAGAUUCUGGCAGAAAUAAGAGAAGAUUAUGAAGCCAUAAUUGAAAAGAAUCGUCGCAGCCUCGACAACUGGUACAAAGAGCAGAGCACAACCAUGUCCUUGGCAGCAACCCCCAACCCCGAGCAGAUUCAGCGCAAUGAGAACGAGAUCAAGGAUCUGACACGCACGUUACAGUCCUUGGACAUCGAGCUGCAGGCACAGAUGAGUAAGAAACACAUGCUAGAAGACACCUUGGCUGACACUCGGAAUUACUAUGCUGCUGCACUUCAAAAUAUGCAGCAGAUCAUCUCCAAAUGUGAGGAAGAGCUCAGCCAGGUUCGUCAUGACAUGAAGCAGCAGAACAACCAAUACAAGGUUCUCCUCGGGAUCAAAACUCGGCUGGAGAAGGAAAUCUCCACUUACCGCCUGCUGCUGGAAGGGAAUGUUGAUGGGACAGCACAAAAAUCUGAAUCAAAAGCUAAAGAACAUGCUGGGCUGCCCAGUCGGAAGAUCACAGCAAUAGUGCAUGACAGUGUGAAUGGGGAGGUGGUAUCCUCCACCAUCAAUGAGAUCCACCAGCAAGCAUGA